AUGACUAAUGAUGGUCAUUCAUCUGUAAUACUUGCUAGUUUGGGUAUUACUGAAUUAGAAGAUAUUCUUGUGAUUGGACAUUCAAUUAUUAGAGGAAAUGAUACUGAAAUCUGCAGGGAAAAUAAUGAACAUCAAACAGUAUUAUGCUUGCCAAGAACAGAAGUAGAUGAGGAAGUACUCUAUUUGACAGUAAUGGAAGCAUAUGAUAUAAUCAAGGGAAUGGUAUUCCUUGCAGUAGUAGUAAGCGGCAUCCCUGGCAACAUAGUAGUCGCAAUAUCAUUCAUCUGUCUAACAGGAAUGGGGUAUAAACUGCUGCUAACCGAUAUUUUCAUAUGUAAAAUUGCCAUAGUAAAUUUAGUUCUGAUUUUGACCAGGGGACUCCCAGUGACAUUAUUUGUUCUCUUCAGUUUAAAAAAUCUCUACAGUGAUGUCGAAUGCAAAGUUAUAAUGUAUUUAGCUCGUGUAUCACGUGGCAUGGCUAUCUGCUUGACUUGUAUUCUUGUUUGUAUUCAGUGCAUUACUUUGAGUCCAACUACAUCUAAACUAUUUGUCUUAAAACUCAGGUUGUCAAAAUAUUCUUUAAUUGCUUUUUAUGUGAUAUUUGGAAUAAAUAUGAUAGCAGAAAUUAGCCCACCAAUGUACACUGUAUCAAAGAUAAAUUCGACAAAUCUGGAAUAUACUUUCCAUUUUGGAUACUGUAUAGUUCAUUUUGCCGAUUAUACUCCAUUUAUGCUUACUGCAAUUUCUUACAUCGUUCGUGAUUUUGUAUUUUUAAUUCUUAUGACAACUGCCAGUCUUUCUAUUUUUCUGAUUUUAAUUAAGCACAAGAAACAAAUUAAGGAGAUAAGAAGUGAUAUGAAGAAUCAAUCCCAGUCAGCAGAAACAAAAGCAGCUAAAGUGGUGGUAACUUUGGCUUCAUUAUAUGUCUUUUUCAUCGGAUUUGAGAAUGCAAUUUUUCUUUAUCAGACUCUAGUCACAAAGAAUCCAAUUAUUUCAGAUGUCCGACAUUUUUUUUCCGUUUGCUAUUCCUCUAUAUUUCCUGCUGUUAUAAUUAUAGCCAACAAACGAGUUCAAAAUAGUAUUAAAUGCCGCUAUGAAUAA